AUGUCGGUGUGUUGCUCUGUACGCGCAGGGGUCCUCGUGGAGCAUGUGGGCAUCGAGUGGCUGACGCGGGAGGAAGCGAUGCCGCUCUCAGCAAGGCAAGCAUCUGAAGAGAAGCAGUGUCUGAAGACCCUGUCACACAACACUAAGACCUCCCAGUCACUGCUAGAACUCCUCCCCAGCACACCUCACUGUAUCCCCCAGCUCUUACAGGUGCACCUCACUGGGACAUGCCAGGGCGACAGAGCGGAGAUCUACCGAGAGCUGGAGAGAGUCUUGCAGGGCGAUGACGGCCGCGUGCAGAGCGCUGUCCUGGCCAGAGUGAUCGCAGCGGCCUCGAGGGACAUGAGAGUGGCGCAGGGUGUGACGGAGGAGGUGCGGAUGGCCGCCAGCGACGUCCUGGUGGCUCUGGCCCACUCCCACUUUGAUAGCGUCAUGUACGAGCUGCAGUGCCACCUGAGGGCCCUGGGAGAGAUCUCCGAGGACCUCGUGUUCAUCACCUUGGGCAAGCUGGCCAGCAGCUACGCCCUGCGGUGCGUCCCCUUCGUGGGCAUGACGCUCUUCGCCCUGCGCACGAUGCUGAGCCAGGUGGGGAGCAGCCGGACCCUGCGCGCCGUCUGCAGCGUCCUGGAGCAGUGGUCGAAGGCCGUGAACACCUACCUGGGCGCCUGGGAGCAAUGCAGCUUCCCGCGCAUGGGGCAGGCCCAGCUCUGCAGCAGCGUUUCCCCGCUCUUCCACCAUGUGGUGGGGAGCUGGCUGGGCUGCGAGGAGGAGGAGGCCAAGCAGGCCGUCCGGGGGGCGAUGGCUGCCAUGAUGGGCCUCCUUGUGCGCGAGGAAGAGCACCACGAGUGCGUGUGGGAGCAGCUCCCCUGGCUCCUGGGCCAGUACCAGCAGGUCCAGGACACUUUCCGGGUGACCAAGGUGAGGCGUUAUGUGGGGCACACAGCAGAGAGAGGCCAGAGCCUGCCCCUGCUCGUGCAGGCGGUGCGCUGCGCGCUGGGAGACUCCAGCAGGAAGGUGGCGAGGGCAGUUCUGCGCUUCACCAAGGAGCUGCUGGGCUGCAGCGUCCAGAGCUGCUCGGCCUGGGAUCUGGUGGCCCACGUCUUCGCCGCGUUCAGCCAGGCCUCCGGCAGACUGGCGCAGAGAAAGCUGUCUCAAGCAGAAGCGCAGGAAGCAGCAGAUCUUCAAGCCCUGUGCUUGGACAUCCUGCGCUCUCUGGAUGUCUCCGUCCGGGGGAUGACCAAACUCCUGUGGCCGCGGCUGCUGCAGUACGUGGUGCCAGCCCAGUACGCCGGCACGUUGGUGCCGCUCUGCCGGUGCCUGCGAGAGCUGGCCGAGAGCCGGGGGAGAGCAGGGGGCGAGGACGGAGAGGAGGAGCCCGAUGUCGUGGCCUCCCGGGAGCGAGCCAAGCUGCCGAGGCCGCAGGCCCUGCUGGCUCGCCUGCUGGUGGUUGCGGCAGCUCCUCACGCCGGCGGCGGCUGUGGCGUCGCUGCCCUGCAGCUGCUGCAGGCCCUGUCCACAGAGAUCCACAGCGCCGUGGGGAUGGUGUGGGCCAUGAAGAUCCCCUUCCUGCUGCAGUGCCUGGAAGGGCAAAGCGAGAGCUGCCUGGACUCUGCCGAGUGGGAGCAGCUCCUGCUUAAGUUCCUGAGGACAUCGCUGGAGACGAUCGAGAGCCAGGCCUGGACCAUGGGCCUGAGCGUGGAGCUCAGCCAGCAGACGGGCAGCUACCCCUGGCUGUCCCGGAAGCAGGCCUUCCUGUAUAAAGCUGUCGGGGUGUCCCUGGCAGCGUGUCAGCAUGUCCCCUACGUCCGCCGGGAAAUGAAGAAGCAUCUCUCAAGGACAAAUUACUUGGAAGCGUCUGAGAGAGAGGCAAUGAUUUCUGUUUUGGCCGGUUCUGCCGAGAGCCACUUCCACCUUGCCUUGGAGGUGGUGCAGGAGUUUGGGGCGUCCAUGGAGGAAAGACCAGUGUCUGGGGCUUUUAAACGCCUGAAGGAAUACCACCAGGGGAAGAGAGCGGGGAGGCACAUGGCCCUCGUGCUGGCCUACGGCCAGAUCGCGCUCUGCGCCCCCCCGGAGCAGCUCCUGGCCCGUGUGGAGAGCGACGUCGUGGGGCGCAUCCUGCAGCACUACCGCGCCAGCUGCCAGGUACUGGGCUUCUCCUUCUCCACCAAGGGAGAAACCUCUUUCGGGCCCUUUGGCUCCAUGGUGGGACUGCUGGCGCCUUUCACCUGCGACUCGCUGGCCACGUGA